CUGUCCACUGCUGAAGCGCCAGGCGAGGGCACCGCGCUGCCCGCCUGGAUGCGCCUGUACUUCUACGGGAUGCACGGGAUCACCCUGGACGUGCUGGUGUCCUCGGCGCAGAGCUUCGCUCGAAGCCCGGACGCGCGGAUGCUCGGCUUCUCCUCUCCCUACCGCUGCCUCUUGCACUCGCUCACCCACUUCGCCCUGGAGAAGCUCUACCUGCAGCAGCCGCGCUGCCCCAGCGCCUUCGUCUUCAAUUUCCUCCUGUACCCCUCGCGGCGACCCCGCGGCCCCAGGGGCGCCGGAGGAUCUUCUAGCCAGGGGCUGCCAGACCUGCUUCGCUUUCUUUUCUUCGGAAUGCACGGCUUUCUGGAUGAGAUCUUCUUUACCUUCUUCUUUAAUGUGCUGGGACGGGGGGACGGGACGAGCAGCGGCCACACGUCGCUUUGGUCCUUCUUAAUGUAUGGCAGCUGCAGUUUUGUGGUGGAAAAACUCUACUUCCACCUCCACUACAGCCGCGGCUGGGGCACCUGGAAGCGGGUGCCAGUCUACGUGAUCUUCAUCUAUGCGUGGGAGUUGUCCUGGGGUCUGGGACUUCGCACGUGCGGGGCUUGUUCCUGGGAUUAUUCUCACUAUCCGCUCAAUUUCAUGGGCCUCAUCACCCUGUUGUACUUACCUGGUUGGAUAUUCCUUAGUGUGUACCAGGACCUACUUUCCAACGUGUUGUGGCGGGUGCAGUAUGUGCCAGCUAACUGACACCAGAAAAAAAGGAAAGAAGAAAAGUCAUUGGAAUCCCACGAAUGAAUGCGAUUUAUUUUUACAUAUUUUAGUCUUUUAAUUUUUAUACACUUUACUAAACUCUUCCAACCUGUUUUCGAUACUUUAGUUUUUCUGAGCACUUGGAACCUAUGUAUAAUACAAUAUUUUGAAAUACUGUACUACUCGAAAAUCAUUGAAAGUACUUACUAACAUCAAUAUUUUAAAACCUUUACAAGCCCAAACAGUGAAACCAUUAUACCUUAAUAUCAGAAAGCUGUAGUACUCACUUAUAUGAAUGUAGAUGGGUGAUAGCUAUUAAUUUUUCCUUUUUUAAUGUAGAAGUUCUGUCAGAAACCAGUCAUUUUUAUAAAACUUAGAGCAGUUUUAUUUUUUUCUUAAUCUGAUUUUAUGUUAAUUCCUUGCUAUAUUUACCAAUGACAGCGGAAACUCUUAUGUCUUGUACUUCUGAAACUGCAGUUUAUAGCUCUUAAAGUGCCUCUGUCUAGCAUACAAGUGAAAAGAAGCGACAAAUGUGGGAAAAAAUCCUAUGAACAGAUUUUGAAAUGAGAAAUCUUUUCUAACAGCUCAAACAGGUGACACUGUGUGCAGAUAUUUGAUCACUGUCCUGGCAAUGAUUGUUUUCCAAUCAUUCUGUUAGCCUUAAACACCAAGUGUGUUAAUCAGAUCCUGUGUUAUCUAUUGCUGUAAAUGUUUUGUUACUGUGCAAUAAUGUAAAAAUUAACUCUACGUGCCCCCCGGGCCAGGUGAAAUUAUACUAUAUUCAGUAGUGUUCUAACAUUAAGGUACAUUUUCUACAUGGAGAUUUAAGCACAGAAACACAGUACCUUGGAAUAAAAUGAAUCUGAAUGGUACUACUAAUUGCCUUAGGCCUAAUUGUUUUCUAUGAUUACUGAUACAUAUGUGUUUUCAGCAUAUUUCUGCCAUGAUUCAUUUGUGUACAUUUUUUCCCCCCCUCUGUGCCCAGAGUUCUUGGGCCAGACCUGAUUUUUGCUUUGUAAAUCAAUAAUAGCUUUCUGGUGACUUCUUAAUAUCUGGAAGCUCCAAAGUUAAAUGAGAUGGUGGAAGCCAUUUUAAGAAAUCAUGUCUAAUUAAUUAAUAAGGUACUAUGAGGUUGUUUGCUGUUUCACUAUAUUUGGAAAAGACAAAUGGAUUGAGCAUGACUGAGUCAAGGAUGACUAAUACCUUCUCAGCUUUCAUUAUGAAGAUAAUUAGGAAGACUUGCAGAGUGUAUUGAAUGAGUAGAUCCCCGUUCAAAUCAUCCACUUGCUUAAGAUGUAAAGGGGAUGUUGUCCUGCUUUCAAAAAAUAUUUGCUAUGAGAAUAGAAAAAACCACGUAGAUUUAAGUCAGGCAUGGUUCUAAGAAUAUUGUUAUUUUAACUCACUCCCUGAGGCUGAGAGCUGAAUUAUAAAUAAUGCUGUACACUGACACACACACACACACACACACACACACCCCGUGAAAUGGUUCAUGUCAAGUUGAUUAGUCAGUUUAAACCUCAGUGGAAACUUAAAAGUAACUUGGCUGAGAAUUUCACUGAAGUUCUUUAUGACACUUAGUCACAGGCCAAAGAUUUCUAAAAACGUUGGGCAGAAAAUUCUCUAAGCACAGACACUAAGGCAGAUGCUAAGCCAGAUUUGUGAUUGACACAUGAACCUACUUGUUAUGUAGCACCCCUUCACACAACAUGGUCCCACGAAUAUUUUAUCCAAUCCAUGACUUCUAGGAAUAUGUGCACUACACUUUCACAUGCUGCUCCUCCAUUCUGCCUACCUGCCUGCCAGCAUUCUCAGGGUAGAAAAUCUGUCAAGAAGCAAGGAAGCGCAUCAUUUUAUCUUGCUUUUCAUAGUAAUCCUAUAAAAGGAAGGUCGUGAUUUUCAUUCAUUCAGUUCAUUUAAGAAAUAAUUUUUGAUCUCCCAUCAUUUGCUAGGCAUUUCUCUAGAAAUUGGGGUACUGCAGUGUCCCAACAUAGACAAAAUGUCUGUUUUUACAAAGCCUACAUUUCAGUGAUUUUGAUUUAUGUGAGAUUAUACUUACUUGUAAGGCUGCUGUUUGCACAACAGGCUAUGAGAUUAGGUAGUGGUUAUAAAGACUGUUGUCAAUACUGUCCCUGGAAUAUCAAUCCAUCAUCCCUAACAAAAGUCCAUUAACAGUCCCUCUGCUACUUCUACAAUGAACCAGUUAUGUGUCCAGGGGAAGCCAUUAGCCUAUCUAUUAAACCACCUUGCUCUAGGGCCUCUCUGUGUUUACACAACUUAACAGUGACAUUUUGCAGCAACCUUUGAACUUAUAAGGGAAAAACAGAAAAGAAGGAACUAUCAGAUAAUUUAAUUUUGUUAAUAGUUAAGAUACAGAACUGAUAAGGCUGAUAAAGCAAUAUAAUGAGAGUUAAUAUUUACAUAUCAUUUACCACCUGCCAAGAACUGCUCUAAGAUGUUUACAUAUAUGUAUUUUAAAAUAUAUAUCAAUAAUUUAGUGGUUAU